UCUACGACGCUCUCUCGAGUCAGAACCUUGGGGUCUGCGGGGCUCGCUCAUCCAAGGGGGGAAUUGGAGGGCUGGCGUUGUCAGGCGGCCUGUCCUUCUUCUCCUCCCGCGAAGGCCUAAUCAGCGACAACGUCUUCAACUACGAGAUUGUCCUCGCAUCAGGCGCCAUCGUCCAGGCUAAUGCCACGGACAACCCGAGUCUGUGGAAGGCACUCCGCGGUGGGGGCACCAACUUCGGGAUUGUCACCCGCUUCAACCUACCAACCUUCCCACAGGACCCCUUUUGGGCCGGUGUGACCUACUACUCCCCCGCCUCGUUUCCGGCCCAGAUCGAGGCGCUCGGGCAGGAACUCUAGAAUCUUGGGGCGGAGGCUCUGGACACUCACUUCAUGAUUAGUACGGGGUACGCGGCCAUGAUGGGCGGGGCAAUGUGUAUGAAUCAGGUGUGCUAUACGGGGGCUUUGGAUACGCAACAGCAACCGCCGGCGGUGUUGCAGAGGUUCUCCACCGCGAUUGAGCCCCAGGCUCCCCUGAUUAGUUCCGUGGGGGUGCAGACUUUGUCGCAGGCGGCACAGGGACAAGCUUCGGCGGCGAUGGAUCAGCAGCGUUAUGUUCCAUGCGCCUACUUCAACACGACCGUGGAAGCGGACGCCAACACCCUGAAAGCUGCCGCCGACCUCUACAUGGCGGCCCUGGGGCCCAUCCACGGGGUGGAGGGCCUGAUCUGCUCGCUGACGCUGCAGCCCUACCCGACCUCCUUGCUGGAGAAGUCGGAGCAGCAGGGCGGGAACUCGCUGGGUUUAACGGCAACGGAGGGGCCCCUCGUCCCGCUGCUCUUGCUGAGCUACUGGAAGAACUCGAGUGAUGAUGCCGCCGUGCUGGGCGUCAUGCAGACGGCGCUGGCGAAGAUCAAGGCCGAGGCGACCGCCCGCGGCCAACAUGUGCCCUUUGAGUUCCUGAACUAUGCGUGGAGCUCCCAGGACCCUGUUACGUCGUAUGGCAGCGAGAACAAGAGUCAGCUGCAGGCGGUUAGUCGCGAGUUUGAUCCCGAGGGGGUCUUUCAGAAGUUGGUGCCAGGCGGGCUCAAGUUGUUUGCUUGAGGUGGGGAGCGUUGGUAUAGGGGACUC